AUGAAAUCCAAUAUCGUGAAAUUCCUGUUAAUCACUGUGUGUAUUAGUGGCAUUGUCGCUGAGAAUUGUGAAGAGCUUACUGCAUCUAGUGAUGCAAACAGCUUUGUUGUGAAAGGCGGUAUCAGUGGAUGCCAGUACCGCGUCAAACCGACCUCCGGUAAAUCAGUGAAGGUCUUUGUUAAUUCGACGAGUGGAACCAAUUGUGUGAAGGUGGCCAGUGAAGAUAAAUCAGAAACGCUGUGUCCAACUGGCAAAACGACUACUUUCUCAUCCAGCUCGACCGUUGAUGUGAGUGCGGAAUCCGGUGCGAUAACCACAUCAGCGAGCACUGAUGAACCAACGGCAGCUUCAACUGAAGCGACAUCACAAACCACGAAUGGUAACGAAGAAGUUAAAACCCCAUCUGAAGAAGAAGAAAAAGUAACUCAACAAGGGGGCACAGAAGAAGACCAAAAAAAGGAUUCAGAAGAAGCAUUGGAGAAGGAGCCUGAAGCUGAUAGUCAUCUGAUUAGGCAAGCCAGAGAUACUCCAGGCAGUGGUGGAUCUAUGGACGUAACUGUGUAUUACAUGUUGGGUAAGUGUUGA